GCUCCCUCGUGCCAGAGGAGCGCACCUACUCUGCCAGACUCUUGAUCAAUUAUUUGUAUGCAAGUGUCCAUCCGACAGUCAGUCUGGAGAUGGCUGCGAAUCGAGUGGGGAGACGUUAUAACAAUAAAGUCCACUCACCGAACCGAGGUGCCGGCAGGGAAGCUGGACUGAGCGUGCAGAAGAGACAAGCGCGUGUCACCGUAAAAUAUAACAGAAAGGAACUCCAGAGGCGCUUAGAUGUGGAAAAGUGGAUAGAUACCGGACUUGAUGAGAUGUAUUUGGGAAGGGAAGAGGAGAUGCCUGAGGAAGUGAACAUUGAUGAGCUACUGGAUCUACAGAGUGAUGAAGAGCGGACAGAGAAGCUGAAGCACAUCCUUAAUACCUGCAGUAACAACACAGAAGACUUCAUCACAGAAUUGGUGAAUAAACUUCAUGGCCUCCAGAAACAAGAGGAUCUCCACAACAAUGGGAUCGAACAUCCUCAGCUUCACAUCUUCCCGGACCACCAGGGAUCCUCUGACACUUAGAGACACUGAGCACCCUCCCAAAUGAACAUGCAUAUUACCUAUGGCUGGUCAUUCUCUUGUAUAAAACAUGUUUAAUACCAGGAUAUCAGCAGCACAUGUGCACAAAAAAGAAAAUUUUGCAGCCGGUUUGUAAAGAAAAAAAAAGAAAGAAAGAAAAACCCUAUAAUUUAUGUAGUAACCGUGCAGAAAUGCAAGCACAUAUUAAAAUACUGAUGACUAUUUGUGUAGCUCCCAGUAGCUAUCCUGUAAAUACCAGACCACUUCAUGGACCUGUGAUAAGGUGUCAUCCUUUUUUAAAUUUUUGUAGGUAUCGAAAAAUGAGAGUCAUUUAAGAGGCGUACAUCCCUUCCACACUGAAAAAAGUGAAUAUGUGCAUUUGUUACCUACCUGAUCUUACCUUCAGACAAUUACUGUCAGUGGUGUGACCCAAUAUAUUUAGGUUUACUCAAAAAUACUAAAUCAUUUAUUUGACUCCAAUAAAAUCAGUUAAAUGUAUAAGUUACCACAUGAAGUACAUUUUUAAGUUAAGUGUCAAAGCAUUUUUACAGUGCUUGUUAUCUCUUUUUAGCAGUUCUUUUUCCAGUUUUUAGCAGUUCUUGUUCUUUUCAAGUGUCAACCCAUGUGGAAAGAUUUUUAUCAUGAAGAAUCUGUUGAUUUUUAGAUUACAGGUGCAUCUCAAUAAAUUAGAAUGUCGUGGAAAAGUUCAUUUAUUUCAGUAAUUCAACUCAAAUUGUGAAACUCGUGUAUUAA